AUCUUCGCCUGCCUGCGACAUGCUCUGGGAGAAAACCGCCGUCCUGGGCACCGUGUCGCUCGUGCUGUCGGCUCAGGCCGCCGCUGCCGCCUCCUUCGGUCUCUCCGUCAACACCAACCCUGCGCCCAUCGCGCCAAGCGACCCGCUGCAGUUCACUCUGACCUGGUCCACUUCGGGUGCCUUUGAUGAUGCCACCGCCCGCUCGCUGUCCAUCUAUCUAGUGAACGCUGCCACAGGCAGCCGCGACUAUCUGCUCGUCAGCACCCCGUUCCCAAAGACCAUCGUCAAUGGAAAGAUAACCUACUUCAACCUCAAGACCCACGAGGCCUUUGCUGACGGAAGCUACUUCGUCGAGGCCUGCGAUGCUACCGACUGCACGGGCCAGAGCAGCCAAUCACCCUCCCCACUCUCUGUUCAGGGAUCUGCUUCCCGUGUUGUCAACUUUGCUGCCUUGGCUGGUGCUGGCAACUCCUCGGCCAGUCCGAGCGCUGCUGCAACCUCGGCUGCCCCAGAGACCACCCAGCAGACCAACUCGCCUGCGCCCACAACCCAGGCUUCUCCUUCUGCGUCUCCAUCGCCUCCUCCUCCUUCUCCGCCGCCGCCGCCGCCGCCGCCUCCGACCCGAAAGUCGACUGAUCAGCCUCAGUCCACCACGACCACUACAACCACUACGGUCACCACCACCACCACUACCACAACCGCAGCAAACCCGCCGCCGGCAACCACAAAUCCGGCCCAAAGCACCGUCAUCCAAACAAGCCUGAAUCCAGUCACCCAGAACACACAGGUCAUUCCUGCACCGGCCUCCGUCGUGGCUCCGUCGAUCCAGCCGAUCGUCGCCAGACCCAACACAGCCACGGUCCCGGUUGCCACCCCAACCGGUACGAUCACCGGCACGGCCACAACCACCGAUUCCGGAAGCCACACGGGCGUCAUCAUCGGAAUCGUGGUUGCCGCCAUCUGCAUCCCGAUUGUCUUGACUGGAUCGGCCUACUUCCUCUACCGCCGACGCUACGCUGAACAGUACAAACAGACCAGAACGCUGUCGGCACAGAACAUGGCCUACGUGGGUGACGAUAUGUAUGCUCCAUCGCCUUUGCCUCCGCCCCACGGCCUCCCUUCGCCUGCGGGCUCCUACGGCGAGGUUCCCGCCGUUGAGGGCUUGCGCCCAACCUCUCCUCCACUUGGCCGAUAUCACCGUGUCCGCAUUGGCCGCAUCCCUCAGCGUCCGGAUGAGCUUCCUCUACAGCCUGGCGAAGUUGUUCAAGUCACCGAAACCUACGAGGACGGCUGGGGCAUGGGCAUCAACGAAGGCGGCCUCAUGGGCGUGGUUCCUCUCAACUUUUUGGAGGACCAGCCGCUGUAAACCACAUGCGCCAUUAAUAUCGCCCCUCUAUUCCGCUAUUCGCUAGCCUCCGUGGAUGGGCUGUUCCUCUGCUCCCCUGUCCCGAGCGUCGUAGUAUCCACCAGGCGCCAUUGUCUGCCGCUGGCAGUAGUUUCUAUUCUAUCCAUCGUAUGAUCCCGUUUUAUUCUGCACUGGUAUCGAUCACUUCCGAGCAGUCGAAGCGAAUGUUGUUUCGGCUCUCUCUCUCUUGGGUGCCCUUUUCCCUGGCCACUUCUGCCGUCGCCGCCCAUUCAUGAUUCUCAUAGAUGCCAAAUACAGUUGGUCCAGAAAGCAACGGGACUCUGCUUUUCA